AUGGCUUGUGUGCCAAUCCUCCUAGCGACCGGCCAGAUCUUCGGAACCAACACGCCUGCCCUACGCACUCCAGCCCUGCUAUCACGCCUCAAUUUGCCCUUGAACGUUGCAACACUUGCCUCUUUGACGUACUCGGCACUCUAUUUAGUCCUCUCUCCCAACCUCGCUGGUGCCGGUAUCGGUCCAUUCGUCUUGGGAGGUGCUGCCCUCGCCAACAAGCUCGCAACCAAGUACGAUCGCACUAAAGUGAACACUAUUGCCAUCAGCGUGCACGUAGUAUCGUGGAUCCUGCAAUUCGUCGGCCACGGCAAGUUCGAAGGACGCAAACCCGCGCUGCUGGACAACUUGGUGCAGGCGCUGUUUCUGGCACCCUUGUUUGUCUGGUACGAGCUUCUGUUCAAGCUGGGCUUCUACAAGAACUUGAAGAAGGAGGUGGACAGUGCGAUCGAGGUUGAGCUGAGGAAGUUGAAGGCGAAGAAGGGAGAGUAG